CAAACAUUACCGGCCGCCAAAUAUGGACGGCCAAGUUCUGCUUCACCUCACAACAUUGUGUGGCGGUAAGGCGAACACAUCUGAAGCGAACGAGCGGAGUUGUCGCAACACAUUCACACAUAUUGCCUGCGAGCAGCCAUGGUUCUAUGGAGAUCUGAACAACCCGAUAUACAAAUUCCAACAAACCUCACCACUUGGCAGUGGGCCUUUGAGAGCAAUGUGUUUUCACCGCUGAAGUACUCACGUCGGAACAAGCUGGGCUAUUACGAGGAUGCUGAGACCAAAGAACGUCUUGACUUUGUCGAUGUCAAGGAAAAGGCAGCUAGCCUCAGCACUGCGCUCGUGCGGCGGUAUGGCCUCCGCCCACGCGAUACCAUAUCAUUGUUCUCCUCGAAUAACAUCUGGUACCCGGUGGCGUUGUGGGCUACAGUCAGAGUAGGCGGACGGAUCAAUGGAGCCUCCCCUGCGUACAAUGCCGAAGAGAUGGCUUAUGCUCUGAAGACCGCCAAAUCCAAGUUCUUGUUCACGCUUCCCAAAGCGUUGCCAGUUGCGAUGGCAGCGGCCAACAUUGCUGGUUUGUCAAAGGAUCGUAUAUUCCUCCUCGAAGGUCAAGUCAAGGGUUUUACUACAAUCCAAGAGCUCAUCGAGGCGGGUAAGCAAUACAGCCCGGUUCCAGCAUAUGUUAUUCCGAGGGGUAUGAGUAAUGCACAAAUUUGUGGAUAUCUCAACUUCAGCAGCGGGACGACAGGUCAUCCCAAGGCGAUUCAACUCUCACACCACAAUAUCAUUGCGCAAUGCCAUCAGCUGCGACAAAUACAAGCCGUCGAACCUGGGCAACAGUAUCGGAUAUUGGCUGUGACACCUCUCUUCCAUAUCACAGGCUUGGUUCGAUAUGUUCACUACGCGCUUUUCAUGAAUGGAUGCUCCAUUAUGAUGUCAGCUUUCGACUUGGAGAAGAUGCUUCGUGCGACAAUCUCAUAUCAGAUACCAGAGUUGAUUCUUGUGCCGCCCAUCAUCAUUCGUGUAGUACGAGAUCCCGUUGUGGCAAAAUACAAGGAUGGCCUGCGACGCACCAUCAAGCGAUGGUCAUCCGGGUCUGCUCCAAUCUCAGCAGAGAUCCUCGAGCAGCUUCGAGCAUUAUUCCCGGAAUCAGGCUUCCGCCAGGGAUACGGAUCCACUGAAAGUACUGCAUGUAUAACAGCCCAUCCACCAACCGCAUACGAUUUCAAAUACGCAACAUCUGCAGGAAAGCUAUGCGCCAAUACGGUAGCAAAGAUCGUCGACCUGGAAGACCCAACGAAGGAGCUGGGCCCAAAUCAGCUGGGCGAGCUCUGGGCCAAAGGACCGCAGGUCAGUUCAAUGGGUUAUUUGGACAAUCCUCAAGCAACAGCGGAGACGUUCGAUGUCGAUGGGUUUUUCCAUACCGGCGAUGUUGGACGUUUUGACAGCGAAGGGUUUCUAUACAUUGAGGAUCGCAUCAAGGAGAUGAUCAAGGUCCGAGGUCAGCAGGUCCCGCCAGCAGAACUGGAAGACGUGCUGCUUGGCCACGAUGCGGUGGAAGAUUGCGCGGUAUUGGGCAUACCGGAUGACUAUUCAGGCGAGAAACCUAAAGCAUACGUUGUGUUGAAGCCGGGGCAGGUCGCUAGCGAGGAACUUGGCAGGCAGCUUCUGGGUUGGGUCCAGGCUCGUAAGUCAAGAUACAAGUGGCUGCGCGAGGUCGAAUUCACGGACAGUGUUCCAAAAUCGCCUACUGGAAAAUUGCUUCGAAGGAUUUUGAAAGCCAACGAAAGGGCGCCUCGAGCACGCGGAAUCUGUGUUAGAGAUGACGCGAAUGUACGCGCAAAAUUAUGAGAGAUGACCGGAGGAUGCCGAUAGGAUAGUUAUAGAGUCAAUGGGAUCUCGUGCAACAAUCA